UCAAAGCAAAGGGGAGCGCGAGGAGGAAAAAUCCGGGAUCAGGGCAAGUUUGAUGGCGCAUGCGCGCUGCAGCCUCCAUCCCAAACACACACACAUUUCCCUUGACUUGGAAAGUCACCCAAAGCAGCCCCAAGUGCAGGGCAAAGAGACUUCACCAAGUGAAGGGACGCCAUCAAAUUCACGCUGUCUUCACCUGAGACCACCUCCAAAACAAAGAACCUGACUUCUCUCCUGGCUUUGUACAGUGGAAUGGACCUUGAAGCCUGUGACUUCUCAAUGCAAGGAUGAAGUGAAUUUAGAGCUAAAAACGAGGCAAGAAACCAGGCCUUGAAAUCUCCGAAAGGUAGGAGAGACUUCAGACUGCAAUGGGCAGCCACUGGCAUUGCUGUAGAGGCAUCCUGAACGACGUGUUGGAAAAGGAAGUGCACAGAACGGUCUGUCUGCAUUGUGAAAAUGUUUGAGACCCCCAUGCAAAGCUGUGCUCUGUUCUGACUCCAAGUCUCCUCAGACAUGGCCGAGGAAAAUGCAUCUGAAAGAACUAUAUGCACUGACGCAGCCUCAGGAAAACCCACGAUGGCUGCCAAGCGCAAAGGCGGCCUGAAGCUCAAUGCCAUCUGUGCCAAGCUGAGCCGCCAGGUCAUCUUCGACCACGGGGGAGCCCAGCAGGCCCGAGCAGACAAGGGGCCACAGCGGGAGAGCAGCAACAAGGACCUGCCUCAGCCCGGAACCAAGGAGCUGGGGACAGAGUUUUCAGAUGGACUCAGCCGUGUGCAGAAGAUUGAGGAGGACAAAAGGAGGGAGGUGAUUGAGAAGUGGGUGAACGGGGAAUACAACGAGGAGCCCGUGCUGGGGCGAGUGGAAGGCAAGGAAUUUAAGGGCGUGGAGAGUGCGGAGGUGCCCCCCGAAGGGGUUUACAUGGUGCAGCCCAAGGGCUGCAGUGACGAGGAAGAUAAUGGGGAUGAGGCAGAGGCUCUGAGAGGCUCACAGGAUGGCAACUUUGUGGAUGACAGGGAUUCAGAUGGGCCAGCCUCCAAGGAUGAUGCCUACCGGUCCUCCAGUGGCGACACAGGCUCCAAGGCCUCAGGGGAAGCUUCAUCACUGCGAGAUUACGCUGCCACCACCAUGAACGAGUUCCUGGGCAUGUUUGGCUACGACGACCAGAACAUGCGGGACGAGCUGGCCCGCAAGAUCAGCUUUGACAAGCUGAAUGCUGCUACCUCAGAGGCCACCGCCACCGCAGCCUCUCUCCCCGGCGAGGACGCCAUGAGCAAACGAGCCCGCUUCUCCAAGUAUGAGGAGUACAUCCGCAAGCUGAAAGCUGGAGAGCAGCUCUCUUGGCCCAUGCACUUGGUCAAAUCUGAGGAGCUGGGCUCCAAGCUAGGCAAAGAGACUUCCUCAGUGCUCACACAGCCCAUUCGGGUGCCAGGUCCAGAUGCCUCCAUGCUGACGGAGACCAAAGCCACCAUCCUGCCACUGCCGUCUCCCAGCAGUUCCCAGAUGCAGGGCCUGAUGUCACGGGCCUCCAAAUAUGACUUCUUCAUUCAGAAGCUGAAGACGGGUGAAAGCAUCAGGCCACAAAAUGGCAACACUUACAAGAAGGCCUCCAAGUAUGACCUAGAAAAUGUCAAGUACUUGCACCUUUUCAAGCCUGGAGAAGGAAGCCCAGAUAUGGGAGGAGCCAUCGCCUUCAAGACAGGCAAGGUAGGCCGGCCUUCCAAGUAUGAUGUGAGGAACAUCCAGAAGCUCACUCCAUUAAAAGCUCCAACACCCAGCCUGGCCCCAGCUCCCCUCACCAGUACCCCCAGCAGCACUCCUGUGGCUGGGCCAGAGCAGGCUGUCUCAUUGCCGUUCAACACUCCUGAGUACCUGAAAUCAACUUUCUCCAAGACAGACUCCAUCACAACUGGAACAGUCUCUACAGUAAAGAAUGGAUUACCCACUGACAAACCGGCUGUCAGCGAAGACGUAAAUAUUUACCAGAAGUAUAUUGCCAGGUUCUCUGGCAGUCAGCACUGUGGACACAUACACUGUGCAUACCAGUACCGAGAACAUUACCACUGCCUUGACCCAGAGUGCAACUACCAGAGGUUCACUAGCAAACAGGAUGUGAUCCGGCACUACAACAUGCACAAGAAGCGGGAUAACUCCCUCCAGCACGGCUUCAUGCGCUUCAGCCCCCUGGACGACUGCAGCGUCUACUACCACGGCUGCCACCUCAACGGGAAGAGCACACACUACCACUGCAUGCAGGUGGGUUGUAACAAGGUCUAUACAAGCACCUCGGACGUGAUGACCCAUGAGAACUUCCACAAGAAGAACACACAGCUCAUCAACGACGGGUUUCAGCGGUUCCGUGCCACGGAGGACUGCGGCACCGUGGAAUGCCAGUUCUAUGGGCAGAAAACCACUCACUUUCACUGCAGGCGACCUGGGUGUACAUUCACCUUCAAGAACAAGUGUGACAUUGAGAAGCACAAGAGCUACCACAUCAAAGAUGAUGCCUAUGCCAAGGACGGCUUCAAGAAGUUCUACAAGUAUGAGGAAUGCAAGUAUGAGGGCUGUGUCUAUAGCAAGGCCACCAACCACUUCCACUGCAUAAGGGCAGGCUGUGGCUUCACCUUCACCUCCACCAGCCAGAUGACCUCCCAUAAACGCAAACAUGAGCGCCGGCACAUCCGGAGCUCAGGAGUGCUGGGCCUGCCUGCCUCUCUCCUGGGGUCCAAGGAUAAUGAGCAAGAGGAGUCCAGUAAUGAUGACCUCAUUGACUUCUCUGCUAUGAGCUCGAAGAACUCCAGCCUGAGUGCCUCCCCCACCAGUCAACAGUCUUCCGUUUCUCUCAUAGUUCCAGCUGCACCCUCCUCUGCUGCUGACCUUGCUUCCUCACAGGCCAGCAAGUCUGCCAACAGCAUGACACCAGCCACCAAGAUCUCUGGCCUGCUCUCCCAGGCUCUUCCCAGCAAUAUACCCUUGGCUCUGGCACUCUCCAACUCAGCACUUCCUGGAACAGCUGGAUCCUUCUUCCCCAUCAUCCCCAGUCGGGUCUCUACACCACUUCCUGCCAGCUCAGCUAAUCUGAUGACUGCUGGUUCUUCUGGCACCAAUCCAACAUCAUCUGCUUCUACGGAUUCCUCAUCCCAGACUGUUUCAGGAUCUGGUGACCCAGCAGCUACUUCUUCUCCAGCUCCAGCAGCAUCAAUAAUGGAAAGGAUCUCUGCUAGCAAGGGAUUAAUCUCUCCUAUGAUGGCCAGGCUUGCAGCAGCUGCCCUCAAGCCCUCUGUGGCACUCGAAGCAGCAGGGAAUGGACAACCAGCGGCUCCCGGACGGUUCAAUCCAGUCCAGGUGAAGCAGGAACCUGUGGAGGCCAUGGGAUCAUCAUCUGCUGCCAGUCAGGACUCCUUGCAGGAGCACAGCCUGGACCUGAGCGUGAAGGACCAUGGUAAUGAAUCAAAUGGCCACACAGUCUCAGCAAAUUCAUCUCUUUUAUCCUCGCUUAUGAAUAAGAUGUCCAAGACCAGUGCCAGCCUUGGCAACCUGCUGAACAUUAAGACUGAAGGAGAUGGCAGCCAGGCUGGGGCUGCAGAGCCGACACAGUACUUGGGCAAGGCAGUGAAGGCACUUGUCCAGGAGAAGCUCUCUGAGCCAUGGAAGAUGUACCUGCGCCGGUUUGGUACCAAGGACUUCUGCGAUGCACAGUGCGACUUUCUCCACAAGGUGCAUUUCCACUGUGUGGUGGAGGAGUGUGGGGCCCUCUUCAGCACCCUGGAUGGAGCCAUCAAACAUGCCAACUUUCACUUCCGAACUGAGGGCGGAACUGUGAAAAGUAACUCUGAGUCUCCCUUCUCAACUUCUACUGAGAAUAAGGCUUCACUGGCCCCUUCAUCACCAUCUGCUACUUCUGUCACCAUGGCAAGUGCUUCUGCCCUUGACGUGCCCACUCCAAGCCCAGCGACUGUCCCCUCUGCCCCCACACUGCUAGCUUGGAAGCAGCUGGCUUCAACCAUACCCCAGAUGCCUCAGAUCCCAGCAUCAGUGCCUAACCUGGCAACUUCACCCUUGGCAACGACCUCCCUGGAGAAUGCCAAGCCUCAGGUCAAACCAGGAUUUCUCCAGUUCCAGGAGAAUGAUCCCUGCCUGGCAACGGACUGCAAGUACGCCAACAAAUUCCACUUCCACUGUCUCUUUGGGAACUGCAAGUAUGUGUGCAAAACCUCUGGCAAAGCAGAAUCCCACUGCCUGGACCACAUCAACCCCAACAACAAUCUGGUGAAUGUGCGAGACCAGUUUGCUUACUAUUCCCUGCAGUGUCUCUGUCCGAACCAGCACUGUGAAUUCAGGAUGCGAGGGCAUUACCACUGUCUUCGGCCUGGCUGCUACUUUGUGACUAACAUCACCACCAAGCUGCCCUGGCACGUGAAAAAGCAUGAGAAGGCAGAGAGAAGGGCAGCCAAUGGCUUCAAGUAUUUUACCAAGCGGGAAGAGUGUGGCAGACUAGGUUGCAAAUACAACCAGGUGAACAGCCACUUCCACUGCAUUCGUGAGGGCUGCCAGUUCUCCUUCCUGCUCAAGCACCAAAUGACAUCCCAUGCCAGGAAGCACAUGAGAAGGAUGCUGGGGAAGAACUUUGAUCGCGUUCCUACUCAGGUUAUUGGCCACACUCCAAGAAAUGAAAAUCUCCCCCAGGUUGGCAGCAUGGCUCCCAGCCCAGCCUCAUCAGGAACCCCAGCUUCCUUUCAGGGACCCCCGAGCAUGAUGGACACUGAGACAGAUGAGUACAUGGACUACACUGGCUGUAGCCCCGGGGGUAUCUCCUCUGAAUCUUCCAACAUGGACCGCAGCUGCUCCAGCACUCCAGUGGGCAAUGAAAGUACAUCAGCAGGCUGCCUGGUUCCUUCUACUGCUGCUGCUGAUGACGCUACCCACACUGCACCACAACCUCAACCACCAUCUCUGCCUCCAUCUUUCUCACAAGCCCUGCUUAGGUCUCCCCUUCCCACCCUCCCCUAUCUUUUUUCUCCAUCUUGUCUCUCAUACUCUCUGCUCAGUGCCACUCUUGGAUCCAGCAGGGGCAUUGUCAUGCCUGCCGCCAGCACCGCUGGGUUUGCGCCCAUCAUUGCCACUCCAACUCCAGUAAAAAGUGACGUUCCCUUAGUUCAGGAUGCAGCAGGGAAUACCAUCACUAUGCCAACUGCCUCAGGGGCCAAAAAGCGCUUCUGGAUUAUUGAGGACAUGUCCCCCUUUGGCAAGCGCCGCAAGACCGCGUCCUCGCGCAAGAUGCUGGAUGAGGGGAUGAUGCUGGAGGGAUUUCGGCGCUAUGACCUCUACGAGGACUGCAAGGACUCCAGCUGCCAAUUCUCUCUCAAGGUUACCCACUACCACUGCACCAGGGAGAAUUGCGGCUACAAGUUCUGCGGCCGCACCCACAUGUACAAGCACGCCCAGCACCACGAUCGCGUGGACAACCUGGUGUUGGAUGAUUUCAAGCGGUUCAAGUCUUCACUGAGCUGCAACUUCCCAGACUGUCAGUUCUCUGGCAAUAGCACACACUUCCACUGUCUGCGCUGUGGCUUCCGCUGCACUGACAGCACCAAGGUGACAGCCCACCGCAAGCACCACGGCAAGCAGGACGUCAUCAGCGCUGCUGGCUUCUGCCAGUUCAGCUCAAGCGUGGACUGCGAGGUGCCUGACUGCAAGUACAAACUCAAGUGCUCCCACUUCCAUUGCACCUACCCUGGCUGCAAACACACGGUGGUGGGCAUGUCACAAAUGGACUCGCACAAGCGCAAACACGAGAAGCAGGAGCGAGGAGAGCUUCCUGCCAUCUCCCCUGGCCCUGAGGGCCUUGCCCACUCCACUCUCGAGUAUGACAUCCAGAACUCUUCCAUCAACCUGGACAGCUCCCUCAACCUCAGCACUGACAACAACAGCUCCCUCUUCUUCCUGCAGAAUGCGGCUGGUGUGGGCCUCAAUGAUUCCCUGGACCUCAGCAAGAAGCAGUCAGAAGUCACUGAAGGUCCUUCACCGAGCAGAGCCGGGACCGCACCUCAGGAGAUGGGCGCGGUGGCAUCUGGCUCUGGUGAUGUGGAAGAUGAGGAUGAUUCUUCCCAGGAGGAUGAAGAGGAUGAUGAGGAGGAGAUGAAUGAAGAAGAGGAAGAUGAUGAAGAGGAGGAUGAUGAUGACGAUGACGAGGAGGAGGAUGAAGAGGAAGACUUGAACACAGAUUCUGAAGAAUCGCUGCCUGACCCUGAGGGCCUGGCCACUAAAGAAGAUGGAGAACCAGAGGAGGCUGCUUCUUCCACAGACCAGGGUGAUGCUUCCAGGCCACAGAGCGAGCCAGCCCUUACUCCAGCCCCAACUCCUGCUCCAGCUCCAGCUGCUGCCCCAGCCUCUACCAUUGCCCCAGCAGCUUCUCCUUAAUCUCAGAGACAACAGUGGCAGUGGUUUGGUUUUGCUCUUACACAGAAUUACUAAGAGGACCCCAUAUGAGGCAAGAACAAAGAUCGGGAUAGCAAGUGAAAAACAAACUCUGUGCCACACACACACAAGAGAGAGAGAGGAAGGAGAGAAGGAAGUCCAUGCUCCUGAGCAGGCCCCAAAAGAGAGACAGGUUGGCAGCAGGACUGGUGCUGCAUCCCUUCAUUCUGCAGAUCAUGGAACAGAGGGGCAGGAUGCAGCAAAAAAUACCCUGUUAUAUGGACAUGAACCUUGAGGGUACCAGCCGCUUUUCCUUGCUCCUGGCAUGGUGCGUGGGGCCUGUGCCCAUCUGGGGACCCUUUGUUAUGGGUGGGGCUCUAUCCCCCCGUUUUUCUUUCUGGGUUUUAUUUUUCCAUGUUUUCAGUUGUACGAUAUUAAUAAUAAUCUCCACUUCUUGGAGGGGGGUGGGUGGGAACAACAGG